CGGAGGGCGCGCAGAUGUCGGUAACCCCAGAGCCAGGUAGAAUAUGACUUGGCGUUGGUGCUGCAAGAAUCCAGUGGGUCGGAGAGCGCGACAGCAUCCCAUAGGCUGUUCCCGGGCAGCGCCUGCUGCACCUGUUGCUGGAGGGAUGAUCUCUUCAUUUUUAUUAGUAAGCCUGCCAGCUUUGCUGAUCUCUUUUGUAUCUGGAGAAGCAGAAAUAAGAUUUGCUGGACAAACCGAAUUUUUCGUUAAUGAAACAAGUACUACAGUCAUUCGCCUUGUCAUUGAGAGGCUAGGAGAGCCAGCAAAUGUUACUGCGAUCGUAUCGCUGAACGGAGAAGACACUGGUGACUUUUUUGACACAUAUGCUGCGGCGUUUAUCCCUUCUGGAGGAACAAACCGGACCGUGUACAUAGCCGUGUGUGAUGACGAUCUUCCGGAGCCUGAUGAAGCUUUCACCUUCCUCUUGACAUUACAGAAACCCUCAGCAAAUGUGAAACUUGGAUGGCCAAGGACAGCAACUGUGACAAUAUUAUCAAAUGACAAUGCGUUUGGAAUUAUUUCCUUCAGUGCGCCUUCAUCAAUCUCAGUGAUUGAGCCGAGGAGUAGAAAUGAAUCUGUGCCUCUAACUCUCAUCAGGGAGAAGGGGACGUAUGGCGUGGUCACUGUAACUUUUGAUGUGUCAGGUGGCCCAAAUCCCCCUGAAGAAGACUUGACUCCCAUUAGAGGAAAUAUCACCUUCCCCCCUGGCAGGGCCUCUGUAAUCCACAACUGGACAAUACUGGAUGAUGAGGUGCCAGAAAAUGAUGAAGUAUUUGUGAUUCAACUGAAAACUGUAGAAGGAGGAGCAGAGAUUAAUGCCUCUAGGAGUUCGGUUGAAAUUGUCGUGAAGAAAAACGAUAGUCCUGUGAAAUUCGUCCAGAGUGUCUACUUGAUUCCCGAGGAUGACCACAUCCUCACCAUCCCAGUGGUUCGAGGAAAGGAUGUCGAUGGAAAUAUGAUUGGAUCUGAUGAGUCUGAAGUUUCUGUCAGUUAUAAAGUCAUAGCUGGGGACUCAACAGCACAUGCCCAGCCGAAUGUAGACUUCAUCGAUCUUCAGGCAAACACCACUCUUACCUUUCCCCCUUUUGUUCAUGAAUCACACUUGAAAUUUCAAAUAAUUGAUGACAGCAUACCAGAGAUAGCUGAAUCAUUUCACGUCGUGUUACUAAAGAACACCCUGCAGGGCGAUGCCGUGCUAAUGGGUCCUUCUUCUGUGCAGGUCACCAUUAAGCCCAAUGAUAAACCUUAUGGAGUACUUUCAUUCAACAGUAUUUUGUUUGAAAGGCCAAUUAUAAUCGAUGAAGAUAAAGCAUCCAGUUCUAGGUUUGAAGAAAUCACAGUGGUUAGAAAUGGUGGCACCCACGGAGAUGUCUCUGUGGAUUGGUUGCUGACACGGAACAGCACUGAUCCCUCACCAGUGACAGCAGAUAUCAGCCCCAGCUCUGGGACUCUGCGGUUCGCACAAGGGCAGAUGUUGGCAUCAAUCCUUCUUACUGUCGUUGACGAUGACCUUCCGGAGGAGGCCGAAGAGUUCCUCCUCACAAUCCUGCCUCCCACAGCACAGGGAGGUGCUGAAGUCAGCGAGCCAGCACAGCUUCUGCUCUACAUCCAGGACAGUGAUGAUGUGUAUGGAGAAAUAGCCUUUUUUCCUGUGGAAGGCCAGAAGAUGGAAAGCAGUCCGACUGAACGAUGCCUGUCUCUGAGUCUUGCGAGACUAGGGGGAGCUAAAGGAGACGUGAAAGUGACUUAUUCUGCUCUCUAUAUUCCCGCUGGAGCUGUGGAUCCCUUGCGAGCAAAAGAUGGCGUCUUAAAUACAUCCAGGAGUGGAAGCCUCCUUUUUCCAGAACAUAGCAAUCAAGUCACUGCAAAACUACCAAUAAGAAAUGAUGCUUUCCUCCAGAAUGAGGCCCAUUUCCUAGUACAGUUGGAAGCUGUGAUAUUGGUGAACAUAUUUCCCCCAAUCCCACCAGUAAGUCCCAGAUUUGGGAAAAUCAGAAAUAUUUCUUUAUUGGUUACCCCAGCCAUUGCGAAUGGAGAGAUUGGCUUUCUUAGCAACCUUCCAAUCAUUUUGCAUGAACCCAGAGGUUCUGACACUGAGGUGGUAUAUAUCCCCCUACAUCGAGAUGGAACUGAUGGCCAGGCUACUGUCUACUGGAGUUUGAAGCCCUCUGGCUUUAAUUCACAAGCAGUGACCAUGGAUGAUACAGGUCCUUUCAAUGGCUCUGUUGUGUUUUUAUCUGGACAAAGCGACACAACAAUCGGCAUUACCGUCAAAGGCGAUGACAUACCGGAGCUGAAUGAAACCGUUACCCUUUCCUUAGACAGGGUGAGUGUGGACAGUGAAGUCCUGAAAUCAGGAUACACUAGCCGGGACUUAAUUAUUUUGGAAAAUGAUGACCCCGGAGGCGUUUUUGAGUUUUCUCAGAAUUCUAGAGGACCCUACGUCAUAAGAGAAGGAGACGCUGUGGAGCUCCGCAUCACUCGGUCCAGGGGGUGUCUGGUGAAACAGUUCCUGCGCUAUCACAUAGAACCCAGAGAGAGCAAUGAAUUCUAUGGAAACACAGGGGUGCUGGAAUUCACACCUGGGGAACGAGAAGUAGUGAUCACCUUGCUUUCAAGGUUGGAUGGCAUGCCAGAGCUGGAUGAGCCCUACUGGGUGAUCCUCAGCAGCCAUGGCGAAAGGGAGAGCAGGCUGGGAAGUGCUACGGUUGUCAACAUAACCAUUCUAAAAAAUGAUGAGCCUCAUGGGAUUAUAGACUUUGUUUCUGAUGAUUUGACUGUGUCAAUAAAGGAAAGCAAAGGAGAAGAUAUCUAUAGUGCUGUCUAUGGUGUAAUACGAACUCGAGGCAACUUCGGUGAAGUUAGUGUAUCAUGGAUGGUUAGUCCAGACUUCACGCAAGACGUGUUUCCUGUGCAAGGAACUGUAUAUUUCGGAGACCAGGAAUUUUCGAAAACUCUCACUGUUUACUCCCUUGUGGAUGAAAUUCCGGAGGAGAUGGAGGAAUUCACCAUCAUUCUAUUUAAUGCAACCAGUGGUGCUCAAACAGGAAAUAGAACAACUGCCUUCCUGAGGAUUUUAAGGAAUGAUGACCCCAUUUAUUUUGCAGAACCCUAUGUCCUGAGGAUCCAGGAGGGAGACACCGCCAACUUCACAGUGCUCAGAAAUGGAUCUGUUAAUGUAACUUGCACUGUCCAGUAUGCUACCAUGGAUGGAGAGGCUUCGGGAAGAGAGGGAGACUUUGUUCCUGUUGAGUUAGGCGAAACUCUCGUAUUUGAGGCUGGGAGCAGGGAGCAGAGUGUAUCUGUAUAUGUCAAUGAUGAUGAAAUUCCUGAAACAGAUGAGCCUUUUUAUGUAAUCCUUUUCAAUUCGACAGGUGACACGGUAGUUUACCAGUAUGGAAUAGCCACAGUCAUCAUUGAAGCCAAUGAUGACCCCAAUGGGGUGUUUUCCCUGGAGCCCAUAGACAAAGCAGUGGAAGAAGGAAAGACAAAUGCAUUUUGGAUUUUGAGGCACCGAGGACACUUUGGCAAUGUUUCUGUGAUGUGGCAACUGUUUCAGAAUGUUUCUCUGCAGUCUGGACAGGAGUUCUAUGAAACGUCAGGGACUGUUAACUUCAUCGAUGGAGAAGGAUCAAAACCAAUAGUUCUCCAUGCUUUCCCAGAUAGAAUCCCUGAAUUCAAUGAAUUUUAUAUCCUAAAGCUUAUAAAUAUUUCAGGCUCUGGAGGUCAGCUAGCAGAAACCAACCUUCAGGUGACAGUCAUGAUUCCAUUCAAUGAUGAUCCCUUUGGAAUUUUCGUCUUAGAUCCAGAAUGUCUAGAGAGAGAAGUGGCAGAAGAUGUCCUGUCUGAAGACGAUAUGUCUUAUAUUACCAACUUUACCAUUUUGAGACAACAGGGCAUCUUUGGUGAUGUACGCGUUGGCUGGGAAAUACUGUCUGGGGAGUUCCCUGCUGGUUUGCCACCAAUGCUCGACUUUUUGCUGGUGGGAAAUUUUCCGAGUACUGUGCGUUUGCAGCCACACAUGCGACGUCACCACAGUGGAACAGAUGUCCUGUACUUCAGCGGACUAGAAGGUGCAUUUGGGACUGUUGACCCAAAGUACCACCCUUCUAGGAACAACACAAUUGCCAACUUUACAUUCUCAGCUUGGUUAAUGCCUAAUGCCAAUACAAAUGGAUUUCUCAUAGCAAAGGAUGAUGGCAAUGGAAGCAUCUAUUACGGGGUAAAAAUUCAAACAAACGAAUCCCAUGUAACCCUUUCCCUUCAUUACAAAACGUUUGGAUCAAAUGUCACAUAUAUUGCCAAGACCACAGUCAUGAAAUAUUUAGAAGAAGGAGUUUGGCUUCAUGUUUUAAUUAUCCUGGAUGAUGGCAUAAUUGAAUUCUAUUUGGAUGGAAAUGCAGUGCCCAGAGGAAUCAGGAGUCUGAAAGGAGAAGCCAUUAGUGAUGGUCCUGGAAUCCUGAGAAUUGGGGCAGGCAUGAAUGGCAGUGACAGAUUCACAGGAUGGAUGCAGGAUGUGAGGACCUAUGAGCGAAAACUGACGACAGAAGAGAUUUAUGAACUCCAUGCUAUGCCUGCCAGGAAUGAUCUACACCCCGUUUCUGGGUAUCUGGAGUUCAGACAAGGAGAAAGUGCCAAGUCAUUCAUCGUUUCUGCGAGAGACGACAGUGACGAGGAAGGAGAGGAAUUCUUUCUUCUUAAACUGGUGUCUGUCUAUGGAGGGGCUCAGAUUUCUGAGGCAAACGCUACAGCUAGACUAAGAAUACAGAAAAGUGACAAUGCCAACGGCCUGUUUGGUUUCACAGGAGCUUGUAUACCGGAGAUCACAGAGGAGGGGUCCACUGUUUCCUGUGUGAUAGAGCGAACAAGGGGAGCUUUGGAUUAUGUUCAUGUUUUCUACACCAUCUCACAGAUUGACUCGGAAGGCAUCAAUUACCUCGUUGAUGAUUUCGCCAAUGCCAGUGGCACUGUCACCUUCCUCCCUUGGCAGAGGUCUGAGGUCCUGAAUCUAUACGUUCUCGAUGAGGACAUUCCUGAACUUAAUGAGUAUUUUCGGGUGACAUUGGUUUCUGCAGUUCCAGGGGAUGGAAAACUUGGUUCAACUCCUCUCAGUGGUGCCAGCAUAGAUCCUGAGAAGGAAACCACUGACAUCACCAUCAAAGCUAGUGAUCACCCUUAUGGCCUGCUGCAGUUCUCCACAGGGCCUCCGCCUCAGCCUGAAGAUGCUAUGAGUCUGCCUGCCAGCAGCGUGCCACACCUCAUUGUGCAGGAAGAGGACGGAGAGAUCUGUUUACUGGUCGUCCGGGCACAAGGGCUGCUUGGCAGGGUCACGGUGGAGUUUAGAACAGUGUCCUUGACAGCAUUUAGCCCAGAGGACUACCAGAGUGUUGCUGGCACAAUAGACUUUCAAUCAGGAGAAAGAUAUAAAUAUAUUUUCAUCAACAUCACUGAUAAUUCCAUCCCUGAACUGGAAAAAUCUUUUAAAGUUGAGUUAUUAAACUUGGACGGAGGAGUGUCUGAACUCUUUAGGAUUGAUGGCAGUGGUAGUGGAGAAGGGGACAUGGAUUUCUUCUUCUCGCCUAUUCACAUGCAUGCUAGUCUAGGAGUGGCUUCCCAGAUUCUGGUAACAAUCGCUGCUUCUGACCACGCUCAUGGGGUGUUUGAAUUCAGCCCCGAGUCACUCUUUGUCAGUGGAACUGAACCAGAGGAUGGGUACAGUACUGUAGUAUUAAACGUCACACGGACUCAGGGAGCCCUGUCGCAUGUGACUUUGCAUUGGAGCAUAGACUCUGACCUGCAUGGGGAUCUUGCUGUCACCUCUGGCAACAUCACGUUUGAGAUUGGGCAGAGGACGGCGAGCAUCACUGUGGAGAUAUUGCCAGAUGAAGAGCCAGAGCUAGACAAGGCGCUCACCAUGUCGAUCUGCAGUGUCUCUAGUGGCUCGCUGGGAGUCCUUACUAAUGCCACAUUGACAAUUUUGGCUAGUGAUGAUCCUUAUGGGGUCUUCAUUUUUUCUAACAAAACUAGACCUAUUAGUGUUGAAGAAGCAACCCACAAUGUCACAUUAUCGAUAAUAAGGUUGAAAGGCCUCAUGGGAGAAGUUGUGAUCUCAUAUGCAACUAUAGAUGAUAUGGAAAAACCAUCUUAUUUCCCACCUAACUUAGCUAGAGCAAGUCAAGGAGCAGACUAUAUAUCAGCUUCUGGAUCGACUCUUUUCAGAGCUAAUCAGAUUGAGGCAACAAUUACUGUUUCAAUCCUGGAUGAUGAUGAACCGGAACAGUCAGAAUCUGUGUUUGUUGAACUAGUCAAUUCUACUUUAGUAGAGAGAGUACAGAAUCGCCCAAUUCCACAUUCCCCACGCCUUGGACCCAAGGUAGAAACUGUGGCCCAUCUCAUUAUUGUUGCCAACGACGACGCAUUUGGAACGGUGCAGCUGUCAGCACCAAUUGUUCGUGUAACAGAAAAUCACGUUGGACCCAUUAUCAAUGUGACUCGAUCGGGAGGGGCAUUUGCAGAUGUCUCUGUUAAGUUUAAAGCUGUGCCCAUCACUGCAGUUGCUGGGGAAGAUUACAGUAUAGCUUCUUCAGAUGUUGUUUUGCUGGAAGGAGAAACCAGUAAAGCUGUGCCAAUAUAUAUCAUCAACGACAUCUACCCUGAGCUGGAGGAGUCAUUUCUCGUGCAGCUGCUCAACCAGACCACAGGAGGCGCCCGACUGGGGGCUGUAACAGAGGCAGUCAUUACUGUGGAGGCUUCUGAUGACCCCUGGGGAUUGUUUGGUUUUCAGAAUACUAAAUUUAUUGUAGAGGAACCUGAGUUUAACUCAGUGAGGGUAAGCCUGCCAGUAAUUCGAAAUUCUGGGACACUCGGCAAUGUUACUGUUCAAUGGGUUGCCACCAUUAAUGGACAACUUGCUACUGGCGACCUGCGAGUUGUCUCAGGUAAUGUGACCUUUGCCCCUGGGGAAACCAUUCAAACCUUGUUGUUAGAGGUCCUGGCUGACGACGUUCCGGAGAUUGAAGAGGUUAUCCAGGUGCAACUUACUAAUGCCUCUGGUGGAGGAACAGUUGGCUUAGACCGAGUGGCAAAUAUUGUUAUCUCUGCCAACGAUAACCCUUACGGUUCAGUAGCCUUUGUGCGGUCAGUUUAUCAUGUCCAAGAGCCUCUGGAGAGAAGUUCCUCGGCUAACAUAACCGUCAGGAGAAGCGGAGGACACUUCGGGCACCUGUUGUUGUUCUACAGUACUUCUGAUAUUGAUGUAGUAGCUCUGGCAGUUGAAGAAGGUGAAGAUGUAUUGUCCUACUAUGAAUCGCCAACUCACGAGAUGCCUGCCCCACUCUGGAGAACUUGGGUGAAUGUCUCUUCAGUGGAGGAGGCGCAGGACACCUGUGCCACUCUGUGUCUCCAAGAACACGCUUGUUCCGCGUUUUCAGUUGUCAGGACCACUGACGGUCCUCAGUGCUUUUGGAUGACAUCAUGGGUCAGCUCAACUGUGAACAGCUCAGACUUCCGGACCUACAAGAAGAACCUGACGAGGGUGGCCUCUCUUUUUAGUGGCCAGGCAGUUGCUGGGAGUGACUACGAGCCUGCGAUAAGGCAGGGGGCCCUGAUGCUCGAAGGCCAUGAGUUUGCAAAUCUCACUAUUUCCCUCCUUCCUGACGACAUUCCAGAGAUGGAUGAAAGCUUCCUGAUUUCUCUCCUGGAAGUUCACCUCGUGAACAUCACAGACAGUUUUAAAAAUCAGCCAAGCAUAGGGCAGCCGAAUACUUCUGCUGUGGUCAUAGCACUGAAUGGUGAUGCCUUCGGAGUGUUCAUGAUCUACAGUGUUCAUCCCAACACCUCUGAAAAUGGCUCAUGUGUGGACGUGCAGGAGCAGCCACAAACCUCUGUGGAGCUGGUGAUCCAGAGGACAGGAGGCAGCUUGGGGCAGGUGAUGGUUGAAUGGCGUGUUAUUGGUGGAACAGCUACUGAAGGUUUAGAUUUUAUAGGGGCUGGAGACAUUCUGACUUUUGCAGAAGGUGAAACCACAAAAACAGCCACUUUGAUGAUUUUGGAUGACCCCGAGCCAGAAGAUGACGAAAGCAUCCUCAUUCAUCUGGUGCACACUGAAGGCGGAAGCAGAAUCCUGCCGAGCGCUGACACUGUGACAGUGAACAUCCUGGCCAAUGACAAUGUGGCGGGGAUUGUCAGCUUUCAGACAGCCUCGAGAUCUGUCAUAGGCCUUGAAGGAGAAAUUCUGCAGUUCCAUGUGAUCAGAACACCCCCUGGUCGAGGAAAUGUCACUGUUGAGUGGAAAAUUGUUGGACAAAAUCUCGAAGUCAGUUUUGCCAACUUCACAGGCCAACUCUUCUUUUCUGAGGGGACACUGAAUAAAACAAUAUUUGUACAUUUGUUGGAUGACAAUAUUCCUGAGGAGAAAGAAGUUUACCAUGUUGUUCUGUACGAUGUCAAGACACAAGGAGUCUUGCCUGCGGGAGUCGCUCUGCUUGAUGCCCAGGGAUACGCAGCUGUCCUGACGGUAGAGGCCAGCGAUGAACCACAUGGCGUUCUAAACUUUGCUCUCUCCUCAAGAUUUGUUUUGUUACAGGAGGCUAACACAACGAUUCAACUAUUCAUCAACAGAGAAUUUGGAUCUCUAGGAGCUAUCAAUGUCACAUAUGCCACUGUUUCUGGAAUACUGAGUUUGAAAAAUGAGACAUACGGAAAUCCAGCGGAGCCAGAGGCUGACUUUGUCCCUGUGAUGGGCUUUCUGGUGUUAGAAGAAGGGGAAACAACAGCAGCCAUCAACGUCACUGUUCUUGAGGAUGAUAUACCAGAGCUAAAAGAAUAUUUCUUGGUGAAUUUAACUCAUGUUGAUCUCAUUAUGGCUCCUCUAACUUCAUUUCCUCCCAGACUAGACUCAGAAGGCUUGACUGCACAGAUUGUCAUUGAUGCCAAUGACGGUGCCCAAGGUGUAAUUGAAUGGCAGCGUAGCAGAUUUGAAGUGAAUGAAACCCAUGGCACUGUAACCCUGGUAGCCCAGAGGACCAGAGAGACCCUUGGCGAGGUUUCACUGUUCAUGUAUGCCCAGAAUCUAGAGGCCCAGAUGGGGCUGGAUUACAUGUGUAGUCCGCAGAUUCUUCAUUUUGCUGAUGGAGAAAGGAAUAAACCUGUGGAGGUUGUGAUCCUGGACGAUGACAUUCCAGAAGGAGAUGAAAGAUUUCAGUUGAUAUUAACAAACCCUUCUCCUGGACUAGAGCUGGGGAAAAAUACAAUCGCUUGGAUUACUGUCCUUGCGAAUGAUGAUGGUCCCGGGGUUCUGUCCUUUAACAACACUGGGCACAUUUUCCUCAGAGAACCAACGUCUCUCUACGUUCAAGAGAGUGUUGCUGUGUUACUCAUCAUUCGGGAGCCUGCACAAGGUCUGUUUGGAACGGUGGCAGUUCAGUAUGUUGUGACGGAAGUCAACUCUUCAACAGAAUCUAAGGAUCUGAUUCCUUCCAAAGGCUUUAUUGUUCUAGAGGAAGGUGUUCGGGCCAAGGCCCUGCACAUCUCUGCCAUAUUAGACACAGAACCAGAAAUGGAUGAGCAUUUUGUCUGCACCCUGUUUAAUCCAACUGGAGGCGCUAGACUAGGGACCCAUGUUCAAACCCUGAUAACAAUUCUGCAAAACCAGGCCCCUUUGGGGCUAUUUAGUAUUGCUGCCAUUGAGAAUAGUGCUACCUCUAUAGAUGUUGAAGAAUCCAACAGGAGUGUAUACCUCAAUGUCUCACGUACGAAUGGCCUUGACUUGCCUGUGAGUGUGCAGUGGGAGACAGUGUCUGAAACAGCUUUUGGCAUGAGGGGAGUGGAUGUUGUCUUUUCUGUAUUUCAAAGCUUGUUUGACCAGACUGCAUCUGGCUGGUGUUUCUUUACUGUCGAAGAUUCAGUGUAUGGUGUAAUGUUAAGAAAAUCAUCCUUAGCUGUUUACCGAUGGCAAGGGACUUUCAUUCCAGUUGAGGAUUUCAAUAUACAAAGUCCUAAAACUUGUGAGGCCUUUAAUAUUGGUGUUUCUCCCUACCUUGUCAUUACUCAUGGGGAGAGAAAUGGAGAAAAGCCUUCAAUUAAUAGUGUGUACACACUCACUUCUGGACUCAAAUUAUUCCUGGUCCAGACAAUCAUCAUUUCUGGAAGCUGUCAAGUACGACAUUUCACCUCAGGCAGUCAAGAUUAUUUCAUCAUUGCAAGUCAAAGAAAUGAUUCUGAGUUAACUCAGGUCUUCCGAUGGAAUGGAAGCAUCUUUGUCUUACAUCAGAGGUUGCCUGUCCAAGGUGUCCUGGGAAUGGCCUUGUUCAGCAGAGGAGGCUCUCUCUUCUUAGCCAUUUCCCAGGCCAACGUCCGACGAAAUGCCCUUUUAUUCACGUGGUCUGGCAGUCGGUUUACUAACUUUGAAGAUGUGCCGGUCAGCGGGAUUACACAAGUGGAGGCUUUGGCUUUAGGCGAUGAUGUUUACUUAGUUUUUGCCAAAAAUACCUUUUUAGGGAAUCAGAAUUCAGUUGAUAUUUUCACCUGGGAGAUGGGGCAGUCAUCUUUCAGAUAUUUCCAGUCCUUGGACUUUGCUACUGUUAACAGGAUCCAUUCCUUCACACCAGCUUCGGGAAUAGUCCACAUACUUCUCACUGGCCAAAGUCAGUCUGCUCUUUACUGCUGGAAUUCGGAGCGGAACGAGUUCUCCUUUGUUCUGGACGCACCUGCUGCUCAUGAUGCAGCUUUUGUUACAGUGAAGUUGCUUAAUUCAAGCAAAACUUUAAUUGCUUUAGUGGGAGCUUCUCACUCGCACUUCUACGAGCUGACUUACAUCUCCAGCCAGUCUGACUUUAUUCCUAGUUUAGGUGAACUGAUGUUUGAACCUGGUGACAGAGAGGCAAUAAUAGCAGUAAACAUCCUUGACGACACAGUUCCGGAAAAAGAAGAAUCCUUCAGAGUCCAACUUAAGAAUCCAAAAGGAGGAGCAGAGAUUGGCGCCAGUGGUUACGUGAGAGUCACUGUUCUCUCGAACGAUGAUGCCUACGGGGUUAUAGCGUUCGCCCAGAAUUCCUUGCAUAAGCAAGUGGAGGAAAUGGAGCGAGACAGCCUGGUAACCCUGAAUGUUGAACGUUUAAAAGGAACACAUGGUCGCAUAGCUAUAGCAUGGGAAGCAGCUGGAAGCAUCAGUGAUGUAUUUCCUACCUCUGGAGUGAUUUCAUUCACAGAGGACCAGGCACUAUCUACAAUUACUCUGACUGUUCUUGCGGACGAUCUGCCAGAGCUAUCUGAGGUUGUGAUUGUGGCACUCACUCGGAUUGUCACAGAGGGUAUUGAAGAUCCAUCAAAAGGUGCUACUGUGGAUGAGAACAGAAGCAAGUCCGUGCUAACCAUCCUGCCCAGUGACUCACCCUAUGGCGUGGUUGGCUGGCAUACUGAUUCUCUCUUCACUAGGGUGACAGAGCCCACAGAGAACACCACUGUUCUUCAGUUACGUGUCAUUCGAGACAAAGGACUAUUUGGGGAUAUUUCCAUUCAUUUGAUAGCAAAACCCAACUUCUUACUGCCCAUCAAUAAUCAAGCUACUGAGAAUGAAGAUUAUGUGUUGCAAGACUCAGUGAUAAUAAUGAAAGAAAACAUAAAAGAAACUCAUGCUGAGGUUGCCAUUUUGCCAGAUGAGGCUGCUGAACUGGAGGAAGGCCUCAUUGUUACCAUCACUGCAGUGAACUUGGUGAACCCCGACUUCCCUGCGGAGCAACCGCGUGUGCGGAGGCCAAGGAUGGAAAUAGCAGAGAUAAUGAUUGCAGAAAAUGACGAUCCCAGAGGGAUCUUCACGUUUCACGUUGCCAGAGGUGUUGAUGGAGUAGUUACUGCUCAUGAAGUGCCCCCACCCUUGAAUAUUCUUCAAGUUCCUGUCACCCGGCUGGCCGGAAGCUUUGAGACCGUGAAUGUUCACUGGAAAGCAGCACCAGACAGUGCUGGCCCAGAAGACUUUCGGCCCUCUCAGGGGAUUCUUCAGUUUGCGGAUGGACAAGUCACUGCUCUGAUAGAAAUAACUAUAAUUGAUGAUAGUGAAUUUGAGCUCAUGGAGACAUUCAGCAUCGGCUUAACAAGUGUGACUGGUGGUGGCCGACUAGGGGAUGAUGUUGUGGUGACUGUUGCCAUACCACCAAAUGAUUCUCCAUUUGGAAUGUUUGGAUUCCAAGAGAAGACUGUAACGGUUGAUGAAUCCCUUUUGUCCGAUGACUCGGAUUCAUAUGUGACACUGACAGUCUUCCGGUCCCCAGGAGGGAAAGGAGCUGUCUCUCUUCACUGGACUCUAGAAGAGAAGGCCAAAGAUGCUCUCAGUCCUUGGAACGGGACACUUCUCUUUGAUGAGAAUGAGUACCAAAAGGUCAUUGCGUUGCGUACCCUUCAAGACAGCACACUGAAGAAGGACAGGCGCUUCACCAUUGAGCUGACAGGAACUGAUGAGAUAGAAAUAUCUCCAGUCAAAGGCAAUGCAUCGAUAAUCAUUCGAGGAGAUAACGGCGCAUCAGAAGUGGGGAUUGCUUCAUCAUCUAGACACGUCAUGAUUGGGGAACCCUCAGCAACAUAUAAUGGCACUGCCUUCAUCAGACUUUUGCCUGGUUUACAAUUGAUCGGCAAGGCUCUGAAUGAUGACAUCCCUGAGGAAAAGUGUUCCUAUGAGUUUCAGCUGACUGGAGUCAGUGUGGGUGGGGCACUGAAUGAAUCUAGCGUCACCGCCAGUGUCACCAUGGUGGCCAGUGAUGACCCUUAUGGCCGGUUCUCAUUUUCACACGAGCAGCUUCGAGUCUCAGAAGCAGCGCAGAGGGUUAAUGUCACAGUUGUCCGCUCGGGUGGCUCUUUCGGACGCGUGCUAGUCUGGUAUGAGACUGAUAGCCACACGGCCAAGGCAGGCUGGGACUUUGUUCCCGCCUCAGGGGAGCUCCUCUUUGAAGCCAGAGAGAGGGCCAAAAGUCUGCAUGUUGAAAUCCUUGAUGACGACCUUCCUGAAGGCCCGGAGGAGUUUGCUCUCGCCCUUACAAAAGUGGACCUCCAGGGAAGAGGCUAUGAUUUUACCAUCCAAGAGACUGGACUUCAGCUAGAUCAGCCUCCUGUAAUUGGAAACGUCUCCAUUGUUCAGAUCAUAAUCAUGGAAAAUGAUAAUGUGGAGGGCGUCAUUGAAUUUGACCCUAAGUACACAGCCAUCUCAGUGAAGGAAGAUGCCCGCGUGAUCACGAUUCCCGUGCUGAGGCUCCGUGGAACGUAUGGCCACGUGUCAGCUGACUUCAUGUCCCAGGGCUUCUCUGCUGUCCCAGGAGGUUACAUACUGCACGGCAGCACAGUCACCUUUCAGCAUGGGCAGAACCUAAGCUUUAUAAAUGUCUCCAUCGUCAACGGCAGCGCAAGCGAAUUUGAGGAACAGUUUGAAAUUCUGCUCACUGGAGCUUCUGAUGGAGCAAUCCUCGGGCGCCACCUAGUGAGCAAAAUCACAAUUACCAAGAGUGACUCCCCGUUCGGUGUCAUAAGAUUUCUCAACCAAAGCAAAAUUUUGAUUCCUAACCCCAACUCCACGAUGUUUUUACACUUGGUGCUGCAGCGGACUGGAGGACUCUUGGGGGAGAGUCAGGUGAGCUGGGAGAUAAUGGGGCCCAAUUCUCACGAAGCCUUACCGCCACAGAAUGGGGACAUUGAGGAUCCUGUGAGUGGCACAGUCUCUUUCAGGGAGGGAGAUGGCAGUGUGAGAACCAUCGUUGUCACCGUUUGUCCUCACGAGGAGACUGAAGCUGAAGAAACAUUCAUAGUGCAGCUUACGCCUUUGAAAAAUGCUAAGUUAGAUCCCAGAGCGAAAGCUGUCGCGAUAACAGUACAAAAAUUUGGCGAUCCCAGUGGAGUCAUUCAUUUCGCUCCUGAGUCUUUAUCUAAGAAAAUGUAUUCAGAGCCACAGCCGUCAGAUGGACCCACAUCCAUUUCCUUCCUUGUCACAAGAGCCAAAGGUGUCUCUGGAGAGAUCAUGGUGCACUGGGAGCUGAGCAGCGAGUUCGAUGUCACUGGAGACUUUCUUUCUACCAGUGGCUUUUUCCCCAUCGCUGAUGGAGAGAGUGAAGCAAGCUUUGAUGUCCUACUGCUGCCAGACGAUAUCCCUGAGAUACAGGAAGAAUAUGCCGUGCAGCUGGUUUCUGUGGAGGGCGGUGCAGAACUGGACCUGGAAAAGUGCACCACGUGGUUCUCCGUGUCUGCCAAUGAUGACCCACAUGGCGUGUUUGCCUUGUAUUCAGAUCGUCAGUCAAUACUGGUUGGGCAGAACCUCAGCAGGUCCCUCCAGAUUAACAUUACCCGCCUUGCCGGGAUGUUUGGUGAUGUGGCCGUUAGAUUUCAAAUACUGUCUGAUAAUGAAGAAGACCCUGUGGCUACUGAAGAUGAAGAGAGACAGUUGGUGAUCAAAGAUGGCACCCCAUACAAAGUAGACUUGGUGCCCUUAAAGAAUCAGGUCUUUCUACCCCUGGGCUCUAAUUUCACUGUGCAGCUGGUGUCUGUGGUGCUUCUGAGUGAACCUCUCUAUGGAUUGCCAACAAUUCUCCAGGAAGCAAAAUCUGCCAUCCUUCCCGUUCCCGAGGAAGCUGCCAAUUCUCAGGUUGGAUUUGAAUCCAGUGCUUUCCAACUCUUGGACAUCACAGCCGGCACAAGCCAAGUCACGGUUUCUAGGAGGGGCACAUACGGCAGGCUGUCUGUGGCCUGGACCGUAGGAUACGCCCCUGGGUCAGACAUCCCUGAGCCUGUUGUCAUCGGCAACAUGACGCCAACACUGGGGAGUCUUUCCUUUCUGCAUGGAGAACGGAGGAAGGGAAUGGUGCUGUGGGCGUUUCCCAGCCCUGGCCGGCCAGAGGCCUUUGUCCUUCACCUGUCAGGCCUGAGGAGCAACACUGUGGGUGGAGCGCAGCUUCGAUCAGGCUUUGCUACUGCCGAAAUCGAACCCAUGGGAGUCUUCCAGUUUUCCCCUAGUUCAAGAAAUCUCACAGUGUCGGAGGAUGCACAGAGGAUCCGAAUACAUGUGCAAAGACUGUUUGGGUUUCACAGUGAUCUGAUCACGGUCUCCUACUCGACAACUGCAGGCAGUGCCAAGCCGCUGGAAGACUUUGAGCCCGUUCAGAAUGGCCGACUUUCUUUUCAGAGGUUCCAAGCUGAGGCUGAUUUUGAAAUAACCAUUACUGAUGAUCAGCUUCCCGAGAUAGAAGAAACUUUUUACAUUAAUCUUACUUCAGUAGAAAAUAGGGGACCUAGAAAGGGUGAUGCAAAUUGGAGACCUCGUCUAAAUCUAGAUCACAGUGUGGCAGUGGUCACCAUACUGGACAAUGAUGACCUAGCUGGAGUGGGUGUUUCUGUCCCGACGACAGCCGUGAUGGUGGCACUUGACAGCACUCUUCCUGCCACUGAAGCAAGUCCCACCACACACCCUAGCACAAGCAGGGUGACUGCCAUUCCACACACCACUGAGAUGUCUCCCACUGGUACAGAGACAGCAGGUGUGCCUGCCACCCCCGAGAAGCUUGUCGCCACUCCUGCUGCCUUGUCCGAGAAGCCGGACUUGGCUCCAGGAACUGUUCCUGAUGCCAUCUAUGGGAUACUCAGUCUUGGGCCUCCCGUCAUUUAUGUGGCAGAGGAAAAGAAGAAUAGCACAUUAAGCACUGCAGAAAUCCUCAUCCAGAGGACUGGUGGGUUCACAGGCAAUGUCAGCAUAACAGUGAAGACCUUUGGUGGAAGAUGUGUUCAGAAGGAACCCAAUGUGUGGCCCUUUCAGGAUGUCUAUGGAGUUGCCAACCUAACGUGGGCCGUUGAAGAAGAAGACUUUGAAGAACAGGCGCUCACCCUUACAUUUCUAGAUGGGGAAAGAGAACAUAAAAUAUCGGUUCAGAUUCUCGAUGAUGAGGAACCUGAGGGGCAGGAAUUCUUCUAUGUGUUCCUCACAGACCCUCGAGGGGGAGCGCAGAUUGUGAGAGGAAAGGACAGCUCUGGGUUCUCAGACGUUGCUGUCAUCGUUAUCACAGGGAGUGACCUCCACAAUGGCAUCAUAGGCUUCAGUGAGGAAUCCCAAAGAGGCCUGGAACUGAGGGAAGGAGCUGGUGAGAGCAGACAGCACCUAGCUGUCACAAGGCAGCCAAACAGGGCCUUUGAAGAUGUGCAGGUCUUUUGGCGAGUCACACUUAACCAAACGGCUCCCACUCUCCAGAAAGAGGGACUGAACCUAAUUGAUGAGCUGCGCUUUGUGGCGGGGGUCACGACUUGCACAGUGGGUCAGACAAGAUGCUUCAUCCACCUCGAGCUCAAUCCGGAGAAGGUGCCUCACGUUGAAACACACUUUUAUGUGGAGCUGUAUGACGUCACAGCUGGGGCUGCUAUAAACAACAGUGCCAGAUUCGCUCGGAUUAAAGUGUCCAGGCCGGAUGGACCUCAGGGUCUCAUUUCCUUUGCUGUGGGAUCUCGGCUGGCAGUGGCUCAGAAGAAGGCUACUUUGAUCAGUUUGCAGGUGGCCAGAGAUUCUGGGACAGGAAUGAUGAUGUCUGUUAACUUUAGUACCCAGGAGCUGAGGAGCGCUGAAACAAUUGGUCGUGUCCUCAUCUCUCCGGCUGUUUCUGGGAAGGAUUUUGUGAGAACAGAAGGCACACUGGUCUUUGAACCUGGCCAGAGAAGUGCUAUGCUGGAUGUUGUCUUAACACCAGAGAGCGCAUCUUUCAAUGUGUUUCCAAAACGCUUCCAGAUUGUGCUCUUUGACCCAAAAGGUGGUGCCAGAAUUGAUCAAGUGUAUGGGACUGCCAACGUCACUCUUGUCUCGGAUGUGGAUUCCCAAGCUAUCUGGGGGCUUGCGGAUCAGCUGCAUCAGCCUCUACAUGAAGAUGUUCUCAACAGAGUCCUGCACAAUCUCAACUUGAGAAUAACCACAGAGAGCACGGAUGAGCAGCUCAGUGCUGUGAUGCACUUAAUGGAGAAGAUAACUAUGAAAGGGAAAAGUCAAGCUUUAAGUAUCAAAAGCCGAACUCUAUUAUAUGAACUGCUUUGUGAGCUGAUUAGCCCAAGGCGCAAGGACACCAGGGGAUUCAGCCACUUCGCAGAGGUGACUGAGCAUUUUGCCUUUUCUCUGCUGACUGAUGUGACCUGUGGGUCUCCUGGCGAAAAAAGCCAAACCAUCCUUGAUAGUUGCCCAUAUUUGUCAAUUCUGGCUCUUCGCUGGUACCCUCAGCAAAUCAAUGGACACAGGUUUGAAGGAAAGGAAGGCGAUUAUAUUCAAAUUCCAGAGAGGUUAUUGGAUGUUCCUGAUGCAGAAAUGGCAGCUGGGAAAGAGGAAUGCGCAUUAGUCCAGUUUGUGGAAUACAGCAGCCAGCAAUGGUUCAUAGCAGGAAACAAUCUUCCUGCCCUGAAAGACAAGGUGUUGUCCCUGAAUGUGAAAGGUUGGAGUGCUCAAGCCCUGCCUAGCAACAAUGAGGUUCUCUACAGGAUUUAUGCAGCUGAGCCUAGAAUCGUUCCUCAGACAUCCCUCUGUCUCCUCUGGAAUCCGGCUGCAGCCAGCUGGUUGUCUGACAGCCAAUUUUGCAAAGUAAUUGAAGAUACUUUGGACUACGUGGAAUGUGCCUGUUCACACAUGUCUGUGUAUGCCGUCUACGCCAAGACUGACCGCUUGUCCUCAUACAAUGAAGCUUUUUUCUCUUCUGGCUUUAUUUGUGUCUCAGGUCUCUGCUUGGCUGUUGUUUCACACAUGUUCUGUGCCAGAUGUUCCAUGUUUGCAGCCAAACUGCUGACGCACAUGAUGGCAGCCAGUUUAGGAACACAGGUUGUGUUCCUGGCUUCUGCAUACGCAAGUCCCCAGCUCAGCGAAGAGAGCUGCGCUGCCGUGGCUGCUGUGACACAUUACCUGUAUCUAUGCCAGUUCAGCUGGAUGCUCAUUCAGUCCGUGAACUUCUGGUACGUGCUGGUGAUGAGUGAUGAACACACCGAGAGGCGAUACCUGCUCUUUUGCCUUCUGAGCUGGGGUCUUCCGUCUUUUGUGGUGAUUCUUCUCAUAGUUAUUCUGAGAGGAGUCUAUCAUCGGGACAUGCCGCAGAUCUAUGGACUCAUCCACGGUGACUUGUGCUUCAUUCCAAAUAUCUAUGCUGCUCUCUUCACGGCUGCUCUCGUUCCUCUCAUGUGCCUCGUGGUGGUAUUUGUGGUGUUCAUCCAUGCCUACCAGCUAAAGCCACAGUGGAAAGGUUAUGACGAUGUCUUCAGAGGACGGACAAAUGCAGCAGAAAUUCCUCUGAUCUUAUAUCUCUUUGCCCUGAUUUCUGUGACGUGGCUUUGGGGAGGACUGCAUAUGGCCUACAGACACGUCUGGAUGUUGGUUCUCUUUGUCAUUUUCAAUAGCCUGCAGGGACUGUAUGUUUUUGUGGUUUAUUUCAUUUUACACAACCAAACAUGUUGCCCCAUGAAGGCCAGCUACACGGUGGAAAUGAAUGGUCACCCAGGACCUAGCGCUGCCUUCUUCACUCCCGGGAGCGGAGUGCCUGCAGCUGGAGAGAUGAACAAGUCUACACAGAACCUCAUCAACGCCAUGGAAGAGGUACCAUCUGACUGGGAGAGAGCAUCCUUGCAGCAGACCAGCCAGGCAAGCCCUGAUUUGAAGACAAGUCCCCAGAAUGGUACCUCAUUCCCUUCUUCUGGAGGAUAUGGGCAGGGGGCCCUGGUAGCUGAUGAAGAGUCCCAAGAGUUUGAUGACUUGAUAUUUGCAUUAAAAACUGGUGCUGGUCUCAGUGUCAGCGACAAUGAAUCUGGACAAGGCAGCCAGGAGGGAGGUACCUUGACUGACUCCCAGAUUGUGGAACUCAGGAGGAUACCCAUUGCUGACACCCACCUCUGAGAGCCUCACUAGCACUAACCAUUAGAAAGAGGAUAAUUUUCCUAUUUGCCUUGACUUUUGUCUUAACUCUGUAAGUGCUUACAGCCCUGUAGCAAUGGUGUGUAAGUCACGCUGAGUGGCUUACAGAGACGUGAUCAUUGGCUGGAAUAGACAUUGCUUAGUAUUUGUACGAUUUAAGAAUUGACUGCUAUCAUAAAAAAUCAGAUCAUUCCUAUAAAUUAGAAGGAUGCAUAUAGUUCAAAAAUAUUAGUUGUUUCUUAAUCAUCCUAACUCAGCUAACAUUGUUUAAUGAAAGUACUAAUCAAUAAAAGCAAUAGAAUCCAGUUGGUAUCAUCAAGGCUUGUUAUUAUAAAUAAAUGUGCAUGGGCAGAAACACAAAGUGUGUAUUCUUGAUGGUGUCUGGCACAUGUCUCUUUUAGCAGUGAUUGAAAGGAAUCCAAAGUCCACACUUCUCCCCAUGUAGAUGAUUUUGAAUCCUGAAAUGUACUGUGUGGUCUGUGAAGGAUUUUGUACCUGAGUGUGGAUGAGACACUGAGGUUGCAAUGUCUUUUUCAUCAGCAAGACAGAUUCUGCUUUCAACAAACUUAAGGUUCUGAACAUGUUCCAGAAUGAAUGUUCUGUCCCCAGUUAAAAAUAACUCCA